AUGGAGAGCCUGAGCAUCAUCCAGAAGCAAAAGGCAACAGAGAGGCACCACAGAGCCGAAGUCAUGAUUGCAGGAGAGCAGCUGAGGCUUCGACUCCAUGAUGGCAAGCUGAUCAAGGAUAGACGUUACCAUCUUCGCACCUAUCCCAAUUGCUUUGUGGCCAAGGAGCUCACCGAUUGGUUGAUCGACCAUAAAGAAGCACCCGAUCGAGAAACGGGCAUCCGUCUGAUGCAGAAACUAAUGGAUCAUUAUAUUAUCCAUCAUGUCUGCGACGAACAUUUCGACUACAAGGAUGCUAAGCUGCUCUAUCGCUUCCGUAAGGAUGACGGGACCUUCCCCCUCAACAAGGACGUGAAGGUGUUCAUGAGAGGACAGAGCCUCUAUGAGACGCUGAUUAGCAUGGAGGACUCGAUCCUGAAGGCAAGAGAGGAGAACUCAGUGAAGUACCAAAGAACCUUCCUGGGCUGCGAAAUGGUUGACUGGCUGAUCCAGGAAGGAGAGACGGCAAACCGCAAAGAGGCAGUCGAGCUUUGCCAAACCUUACUUGAGCACGGGAUUAUCCAGCAUGUCUCCAGCCAACAUUAUUUCUACGAUGAGAAACUCCUUUAUCAGUUCCGCAUCAACUUUCGCCGGAGAAGGCGUCUCACGGAGCUGCUGAACGAACACUCGCCCCGGGCUCUUUCGGACAGUCCGGACAGCCCCUUCUGUCUCCGCAAGCUGAAUCCGGAGCAGAACAGUUCGAGCUUCUUGUCAGUCCAGCCCAAUAAGGAAAUCAAGACAGUCUCAGCUGUUCGACGAAGUAGUGUUACCUCGCUUGCCGGAGGAUCCAGUUCCUAUUUCAAUAUCUCGCCAAGCUUGGGGUUCCUGCCCACUGUUGAAUGCAACCCCAAAUCUGUGUUAAAGAGGCCCGUCACGAAUGAGGAGCUUCUGACCCCAGGGGCGCCGUAUAUCAAGAAAACGCUCACAAUUGUAGGAGAUGCAGUUGGUUGGGGAUUCGUGGUCCGUGGAGGUCAGCCAUGCCACAUCCAGGCUGUGGACCCAGGCGGGCCAGCUGCUGCUGCUGGCAUGAAGGUAUGCCAGUUUGUGUAUUCUGUGAACGGGAUAUAUGUUUUACACUUGGACUACCAGACCAUCAGUAGCCUUAUUAUGACAGGACCGCGAACUCUUGUGCUGGAAAUUAUGGAAGCUGUUGAAUGA